GCGGAGAAGCAGCGACCAUGCUGUGGAAACUAGUUGAGAAUGUCAAGUACGAAGAUAUUUACGAGGACCGCCACGACGGCGUCUCGAGCCACAGCUCGCGCCUGUCCCAGCUGGGUUCGGUCUCCCACGCCGGGCCCUACUCCAGCGCGCCGCCCCUCUCCCACGCCCCGUCGUCGGACUUCCAGCCUCCCUACUUCCCGCCGCCGUACCAGCCGCUCGCCCACUACCAGAGCCAGGACCCCUACUCCCACGUCGGCGACCCGUAUUCCCUGAACUCUCUGCACCAGAGCCAGCAGGGCGCAUGGGGGGCGCGGCAGCGGCAGGACGGGGAGCGGAUGGACAGCUCGUCUUUGCUGGCCCAGCCUCGGGCCUCGCUGCCGCAGUUGCCCGGGCUGGACCCGCGGCGGGACUACGGUGGGGUGAGGCGGCCCGACGUGCUGCUGCACGCCGCUCAUCCGGGACUGGAGCCCGGAAUGGGCGACGGACUGUUGCACGGACUACACGGCAUGGAGGAUGUGCAGACAAUUGACGACACCAACGGAACCAGCAUACUGGAUCAAUCUGUAAUUAAGAAAGUACCCAUGCCACACAAGAACAUCGGCUCGUUGAUGCUGGGCAAGGACGGCCUGAUCGGCGGAGUCAGCGUCAACAUCAACGAACUGUUCUGUUCGGUGCCGGGUCGGCUGUCCCUGCUCAGUUCCACCUCCAAAUACAAAGUGACCGUCGGGGAGGUGCAGAGGAGACUUUCGCCGCCCGAGUGCCUCAACGCAUCCUUAUUGGGGGGCGUGUUGAGAAGAGCAAAGUCCAAAAACGGUGGGAGAUGCCUGAGAGAAAAACUAGAGAAGAUUGGACUGAAUUUACCUGCUGGGAGGCGCAAGGCUGCCAAUGUCACGUUGCUGACGUCACUCGUAGAAGGCGAGGCCGUGCACCUUGCCCGGGACUUCGGCUACAUCUGCGAGACGGAGUUCCCCACCAAAGCCGUGAGCGAGUACCUCAACCGGCAGCACGCGGAUCCCAACGAGCUGCACACGCGGAAAAACAUGCUGCUGGCCACCAAACAGCUGUGUAAGGAGUUCACAGACCUGCUGGCCCAGGACAGGACUCCCCUGGGCAACUCGAGGCCCACCCCCAUCCUGGAGCCCGGCAUCCAGAGCUGCCUCUCUCACUUUUCCUUCAUCACGCACGGCUUCGGUUCGCCCGCCAUCUGCGCUGCGCUCACAGCUCUCCAAAACUACCUCACCGAGGCCCUCAAAGGACUCGACAAGAUGUUUCUCAACAAUCCUCCAAACCGGCACGGCGACAACAAGGCCGGCGAUAAAGACGAAAAGCAGCGGAAAUGAACCAGACGUUACAUUGUCACUUGCAGCUUUACGCUACUGAGACUGACGUGCCGCACGCAGGCCUGCAUGAGGACGAAGGGGACGAAGAACUCCAGACACACCGAAGGAUUGUUCACCUGCGUUACCUUCUUCCGCUGCCCCGGGGACAUGCUGGUGGCGGCGUUACAUCCAUUUUGCUCCCCGUGUCGGUUUCCAGACCGAGGUGCUGCGUGCAGCAGUAGACAUUGUGUGUGCGCUUGUGUUUGUCUUCACGCAACAAAAGCAAAAGCAUCGUGAGUACAAAGACAGGUAAUGAGAUAUCUAUCUGUGAAACAGAUAGGUUUGGUAACUACACACAAAUACAAGGUGAUGGGGGCUUAUUUAUGCGUGUACAUAUUUAUUUAUAUUAAUUUAAAAGGUUGAUUUUGUAAAUAGGUGCCAACUAUUUUGGAGUAGGCCUAUUUAUCUGUGAUCUGAUCUUUGUGAGUCGCCAGUGGGUGGGGGUGGGGACAGUAAGGACUCAUCCAGUGUUUUUCUGUUCUUAUAGAGCUGUUGUCAUGGUGCUGAUGAUCGGUAGACAUGCUUUGAAUUGUCCUGUGCUUUCAUUUCUAUCACAUUGAUAAUAAACCAUGUGUUUUAUUAUGAGAGGUAUGCCGAAGUUACCCUUCCUCCAUGAAAACGGGACACUUGUAACUGAAAAAGCAAAGCACAAUAUUCAUCACACCAGUCUA